AUGUCUGCCUUCUACAGGAAUAAAGGCUAUGAGGAAACUCCAGUGUACUCUGGCCACUCGGGCUCUCAGAACUACACGAGGGGGUAUUCGAGCACUCGGGAUUAUCCGGAUUUUCCAGAUCCUCUGAAUAAACCAGACUACCCCAGUGCCAGCAGUAGCCCGUCCUCUGCAGGUUCUAGAAAAAGUCCAGACUACCUUCUGUCUCUGCCGGAGCCAGAUUACAGUGACUCUCAGAGCAGUCCAUACCACCGUGACUCAUCCAAAGAUUUGGACUACCGUGGAUCUCAACGGAAUCCUGAGUUUGCAGGUUCCAGAAGCAACAGGAACUAUGAAGGCUCUAGAACAAGUCCAGAUUAUCUUGUCUCCUUGGGAGAACCAGACUACCCUGGAGCCCAGGGCACCUUUGACUCACCCAUCCCCAGAGCGAAUUCCAACCUUCUAGGAUCCAGAAGGAAUUUGCAAUAUGCUGGUUCCGGAGUCAACCGAUCCACGCGAUCUCUGGGACAGCCUGAUUACCCAGGUGCUGAGAAUCAACCCAGCUCUUCACACUUUUUAGGGAAGCCAGGCUAUCUUGUUGCUGAGAACUUCCAGAACUCUCCAGACUUUUGGGGGAACCCUGAUUACCCAGGUGCUGAGGAUGGUCGGGAUUAUGGCUCUUCUGAUACCCUGGAAGUGACCAGAAGGGUGCUCACCAGAACGUCUUCAAACCAGCCCUCCUUUCAUUGCAGGAGCAGUGGCCCCUUGGGCGUUCUUGGUGGAGACCAUGAAGAUUACCCUGAAAACAUUGAAAUGACAUCCAUGAGAAUGGCAAAUCCUUACGACCCCUCUCUGCCAGGUGCUCCUGGAAAUGGCUAUGUGAAUCCUGCUUUUGGGGGUGAAGGUAGCCCUAUCCCUGCUUAUGGAAACCCACCGUUGACUGAAAGUCACUGGUACAAAUCACCCCAAGGACAGAAAUUAAUUGCAUCUCUGAUCCCCAUGACAUCCAGAGACAGAAUUAAAACCAUCAGGAACCAACCACGGACCAUGGAAGAGAAGAGGAACCUCAGGAAAAUAGUGGACAAAGAGAAGAGCAAGCAGUCCCAUCGUGUCCUAGAAUUCAACUGUUGUGCCCAGUGCCUGAGCUCCAUCUCACUGGGCUACCGGAGGGCCAAGAGCAACCUGUCGGAGCUCCUCAACUCCGUGAGCCUGUGGCAGAAGACGCUCAAGGUCAUCGGGGGCAAAUUUGGAACCAGCGUCCUGUCCUAUUUCAACUUUCUGAGGUGGCUCCUGAAGUUCAACAUUUUCUCGUUCAUCUUGAACUUCAGCUUCAUCACGAUCCCUCAGUUCACCGUGGCGGAGAAGAACAGCCUCCAGUUCACUGGGCUGGAGCUUCUCACGGGGGCGGGUUAUUUUCGGGACACCGUGCUGUACUAUGGCUACUACACCAACUCCACGAUCCAGCACGAACACAGUGGGGUCGCCUACAACAUGCAGCUGGCAUACAUCUUCACCAUCGGAGCCUGUUUGAUCACCUGCUUCUUCAGUUUGCUCUUCAGCAUGGCCAAGUAUUUCCGGAACAACUUCAUCAACCCCCACAUUUACUCCAGAGGCAUUGCUAAGCUCAUCUUCUGCUGGGACUUCACCGUCACCCAUGAAAAGGCCGUGAAGCUGAAGCAGAAGAAUCUUAGCACGGAGAUCCGGGAGAACCUGUCUGAGAUCCGUCAGGAGAACGCCAGGUUAACGUUCCAUCAGCAGCUGACCCGCUUCUCUGCUCACAUAGUAGCCUGGGUGGUCUCCACUGGAGUGGCCGUGGCCUGCUGUGUGGCCGUUUACUACCUGGCUGAGUACAACUCGGAGUUCCUGAAGAAGCACAGGGACCCCUGGGCGGUGCUGCUGCUGCCCUUCGUGGUGUCUUGCAUCAACCUGGUUGUGCCGCGCUUCUACUCCAUGUUCAGGCUGGUGGAGAGGUACGAGAUGCCGCGGCAUGAGGUCUACACGCUCCUGAUCCGAAACAUCUUCCUGAAGAUGUCGAUCAUUGGCAUUCUGUGUUACUAUUGGCUCAACAUCGUGGCCCUGUCUGGCGAGGAGUGUUGGGAAACCCUCAUCGGCCAGGAGAUCUACCGACUCCUUCUGAUGGAUUUCUUGUUCUCUUUGGCGGAUUCCUUCCUGGGGGAGUUUCUCAGGAGGAUCAUUGGGAUGCGAUUCAUCACGAGUCUUGGCUUGCAGGAAUUUGACAUCGCUAGGAACGUUCUAGAACUGAUCUACGCACAAACUCUGGUGUGGAUUGGAAUCUUCUUCUGUCCCCUGCUGCCCUUUAUCCAAAUGAUCACCCUUUUCAUCAUGUUUUACGUCAAAAAUAUCAGCCUGAUGAUGAAUUUCCAGCCUCCGAGCAAAGCCUGGCGGGCCUCUCAGAUGAUGACUUUCUUCAUCUUCUUGCUCUUUUUCCCGUCUUUCACCGGAGUCCUGUGCACGCUGGCCAUCACCAUCUGGAGGUUGAAACCCUCCGCCGACUGUGGCCCCUUCCGAGGCCUGCCUUUCUUCAUUCACUCCAUCUACAGCUGGAUCGACACCCUCAGCAGACGGCCUGGCUACCUGUGGGUCGUUUGGAUCUAUCAGAACCUCAUUGGAAGCGUGCACUUCUUCUUCAUCCUCACUCUGAUUGUGUUAAUCAUCACCUAUCUUUACUGGCAAAUCACAGAAGGAAGAAAGAUAAUGAUCAGGCUUCUCCAUGAGCAGAUUAUCAACGAAGGCAAAGAUAAAAUGUUUCUGAUCGACAAGUUGAUCAAACUGCAGGAUGCAGAGAAGAGAGCAAACCCCAGCUCACUGGUACUGGAAAGGAGAGAGGUGGAGCAGCAAGGUCCUUUGCACUUUGGGGAGCAUGAAGCUACUCCUGACCUGCGAUACAGGCGGUCCGUUCAAGAAGACAGUACAAAGGCGUGA